AUGCCGUCCGAGGAAUCAAAGAUUCAGAAAGCCAAAAAAAUCGCAGAGUUGGCGCGAGAAUUUGACGUUCCUUACGAGCGACUCUGGCGACGCGUACAAGGGAGUGCUUCUCAACUAAACCGACGACCAGCGCACAAGCGAUUGUCGGAUGAUCAAGAACGCGUAGUAAUUAUAUGGCUUGAAGAUCUAGAUGAUAGAGGUGUCCCCCCAACCAUCUGGGUGAUCAAAAACUACACAGAAAAAGUGCUCCAAAAUAUGCAUCCUAACGCGGAUCCCCCUCCUCGACUCGGGGAUCGUUGGGUCUACCGAUUCUUCAAAAGACUGCCUAAGGAAUACAAAAAGACUAUCGAUCCGGAUUGCUAUCUUGCUGAGGAUCCAGGUGUCAUAGAAGCAUGGUUUGACCGUCUAAGAAUCCAACUAGAAACGCAUUACACCGCCAAAAUGUCUAUAUAA